UUCCACAUAGGGUGCCGGAAAAAAAAAUACCGCUCCGCCUUUCCUCUUGCACGUUUUGCCUUUUAAACACACACAGGUCCCACCGUCAUGUCGCUCGGAAAGGCUGCGAGGAGUUUGGUGAGUCCAGCCCGCGGGCUCCUGCGGGCCCCGGCCGCGAGGCGGACCUAUUCCGCUGUGGCCGACGCCAGGGCGGUGCUGGAGAACGAGCUGGAGUCCAUCCGAGCCGCGGGGACGUGGAAGGCGGAGAGGAUCAUCACGUCGAAGCAGGGUCCUCGGAUCAACGUGGACGGCAGUCGUGGCAACAUUUUGAAUUUCUGCGCCAACAACUACCUCGGCCUGUCGAGUCACCCCGAUGUGGUGCAGGCAGGGAUCGAUGCUCUCAAGUUGUACGGUGCCGGACUGAGCUCUGUCAGAUUCAUCUGUGGGACACAGGACCUACACAAAAAUCUGGAGCAGAAGCUCGCAGAGUUUCACGAGCGGGAAGACUGCAUCCUCUACGCCAGCUGUUUCGAUGCCAACGCCGGGCUGUUUGAGGUUCUGUUGGGCCCAGAUGACGCGGUGCUGUCCGAUGAGCUGAACCACGCCUCCAUCAUCGACGGGAUCCGUCUGUGUCGGGCGAAGAGGCUGCGCUACAAGCACAUGGACCUCAGUGAUCUGGAGACCAAGCUCAAAGAGUCGCAGUCGUCCCGUAUGCGCCUGGUCGUGACAGACGGCGUCUUCUCCAUGGACGGAGACGUGGCCCCCUUACAGGGCAUCUGCGACCUGGCCGAACAGUACGGAGCCAUGGUGUUCAUAGAUGAGUGCCACGCCACCGGCUUCCUGGGGCCCCGGGGCAGAGGAACAGACGAGCUGUUGGGAGUGAUGGACAGAGUUCACAUUGUGAACUCCACCCUGGGAAAAGCACUAGGUGGAGCAGCCGGAGGCUACACAGUCGGCCCUAAGCCUCUCAUUGACCUGCUGAGGCAGCGAGCGCGGCCCUAUCUGUUCUCCAACUCCCUCCCCCCUCCCGUGGUGGCCUGCGCCACCCGGGCCGUGGAGCUGCUGCUCGCCUCCAACGAGAUCUCGCAGAGCAUGACGGCCAAAACCAUGAGGUUCAGGAACAAGAUGACGCAGGCUGGUUUCACCAUUGCGGGCUCGGCUCACCCGAUCUGCCCGGUGAUGCUCGGAGACGCGCGGCUGGCCUCCCUGAUGUCCGACGACAUGCUGAAGCUGGGAGUGUACGUGAUUGGAUUCUCUUUCCCAGUCGUACCGAAGGGCAAAGCCAGAAUCCGCGUUCAGAUUUCGGCAGCGCACACAGACGAAGACAUCGACCGCUGCGUAGAUGCUUUCAUCCAGACGGGCAGGAAGCACGGCGUCGUCUCCUGAGCGGGACGAAUGACCGAGAAUCAGCAGUUACUGAAGAGCCGAGAAGCGUCCUGUUGCCUGUUACUCGAGACCUGUGAAUGAUUCUGAUGGAUGUAUUGGUUACAUUUGGAGGUGAACGGCGGUGUUUUUGUGUUUGCUCAGGUGAAUAAAGGACUUAAGCUAA